GGGCCACACCGCUACAGAGCAUGGGCAUCCAAGUACCAACCUUAGACUAUAGAUCAUGGGUCCAGCGGGGAUGCACACGCUUGUACCAGCUGCUCCAUGGAAACAAAAUUAUCCCUUUUCCGGACCUGCAGACCAGGUUCAACUUGCCGAGUAAACUACUGUUCCCAUACCUCCCACUAAAGUCGUACAUAUUAGAAAACUGUAAAGCUGACACAGGAUCCACACAGCUGACACAAUUCGAAACGCUAUGCAUAGCCCUUACCCCAGCAUUGCUAGAUGCGCACCCACUAGAGACCAG